GGAAAAGAUCUGAGUCAUGUCAGAGGAAAUGUCUAUUAUUUUUUUACUCACUCCACUUUAGUCAGUUCAGUUAAGUGGAGCCCACAGGGACAAGACUUUAUAGAGUGUAGAUGAUGGAGAGCUGCAAGGACUUCCCCUGAGGGAUGAAUGAAAAUGGUGUCACCGUCUGCUCGCAUUGAAAUGUCUGAAAUAGAUUCCAUAGCCGGUAUCUGGAAUAUAUAGGUAACUACAGUUUACACUACUAACCUACGAAUUCACUUGGCUUCAGUCACUUCUGUUGAGGUGUGGGUCAAAUCUUUAGUGGUCCAACAUAAAACACAAAUAAGUGAUUAAUCCUACCCAUAGAUUAGGGCACACAUUGACAGUUGACCAACAACAUUGGUAAAAAUCCACCACAGCUGACCUUUUGACUUCAGUACUUUGAGUUACCUGCCCUAAGAAUCUCAAAGCCUUUUUGUGAUACUACUAUAUUUUGAAACUACAUGUACAUUUGACCUAAUUUAGCAUUGUAGUUGUCAUAGUGAAUUGCCAUUCGCAUCUCAAAUUCCGUUUGCAUCUGUUGCUUUUAAUUUCCAUUUAAGUACGGACGCUUUGAAAUUUUAUAAAUGUAAAUAAAGUUAAUGACUUUGGGAUCCAACAUGGCGACCACUGCAGAUGAAGACUAAUAUUAAUAAAAUUGCUUUCUGGAGAGGGGGGGUUACCUUUUAACCUUAACCUUAUAUAUACAUAUAAAAGGCCAUAACAUUUAAUCAAUAUUUAAGUUCUAAGUGAACAUUUUUUAAAUGUAAUUUGGAAGCAACAUGUAGGAGACGAUAGUUCCUGUGAAGAACACUCCUCCCUCUGUACCGUUAUACAGCAGUUAAUACAAACUGGCUAUGACUCUUAUCAGUGAAUAGAAUAGGCGGGUAUUGGCGCAUGCGUAGUCCCUGUCGUCCCCCGGUCAGUGCGGCAGGAAAAGCGCAGAGGAGACGCGGCGCAGACAGAAGGGGAAAGACGGACUGUGUCUUUGGGGAGGGACGGACAAAAACAUGGAGACAGACGGACUUUACUCAUUUUUUAGCUGAGCGUCCGUAUCGUGAGACAGUCUCCUCCUCGCUCUGUUACAGCCGCUCCGUCAUGACGGACAAGAGGAGAAGGAGGAGGAGGAUGAACAUACCAGGGAAUGGAGAAGGAAUUCUUCAGAAAUACUCUUUAUAAACUGGACCGUUAGGGAUAUUUUUCAAAGCAUCACCCUACAGCCGUUACUCAUGUGAUACUACAAAGGCCUUAUUCCUGGAUACCGUCGUGCUGUCCACAAUCAAACCACACCAAGUUUUUUUUCAAAUUUUCCAAGGAAAGGGGAUUUUUUUUCUGCGUCGGAUUCCUCUGGACGGGAUGUCAUCCGCAGUCAGGAGGAGUUUCUCCGGUUGAAUACUCCUCCAGCUAUAGCGUGACGGCGUCUCUGACAUAAGGAAGAUGGGAGAUCAUGCGGCAGAGGGCGGCGGAAUGAGACGGACCUUCAUCGUCCCUGCCAUCAAGAGCUUUGACCACUAUGACUUCACCAGGGCCAAGAUCUCCUGCAGCCUGACCUGGCUGGUGGCCAAGGCUUUCGGCUCAGACGCAGUACCAGAGGAGCUAGCCGAGCCUUUCUACAGGGACCAGUACAACCAGGAGCACCUGAAGCCUCCUGUGGCCUGUCUGCUCCAGUCAGCUGAGCUUUACUGCCGGGCUGGGAGUCUCAUCCUACGCAGCGAUGCCGUCAAACCUUUACUGGGACACAACGCCGUCAUCCAGGCCCUGGCCCAGAAAGGCCUGUACGUCACCGACCAGGAUCGACUGGUCACAGAGAGAGACCUGACCAGCAGUCCUAUAAACAUGAGUUCCCAUCUGGCUCUUAUAGACAUGCUGAUGAUGGCCUACACUGUGGAGAUGGUGAGUGUGGAGAGAGUGAUGUCCUGCAUCGACAGGUGCACCUCGGCCGAAACCUCACACAUGGACGGACACAUCCAGGAGCUGCCUUAUGACACGGAGGACGCAAUCACGACCUGGAUCAAUAAGGUGAAUGAACAUCUGCGAGAUAUUCUCUUGGAGGAGCAGAAGCUGAGAGACGCUUCCCUGCAGGACUCAAACGGAGCAACACAUAAAGCUCGCUACAGGAGGGAGUACAACCAGCAGCGAAACGCUCCUUCACUCCCCAUGGUGGACAACCUGCUUAAGGACAACACAGAUGGGUGUGCCCUCACUGCCCUACUGCACUUUUACUGCCCACAGGCAGUCAGACUGGAAGAUAUCUGCCUCAAGGAGACCAUGUCAUUGGCUGACAGUCUGUACAACCUCCAGCUGGUGCAGGAGUUCUGCAGGAACAACCUCAACCAUUGUUGCCACUUCAGCCUGGAGGACAUGCUCUAUGCACAUGCAUCCAUAAAGAGUAACUAUCUGGUCUUUAUGGCUGAACUUUUCUGGUGGUUUGAAGUGGUGAAGCCCUCAUUUGUUCAGCCGAGAGUCUUCAACCCCAACGUGUGUGAACCAGUGUCCUUGAAAAACAUGGCCCCUGUGUCCAGUCCAGUAAAACCGAGUUUUGCAGAGAGAGCUGAGAGCCCAGAGAACAUCUGUGUGGAUGGUAACAUGAAGCGAUCUACCUCCAUGUCCUUCGUAGACGGCUGUGUUGGGACAUGGCCCAAAGAAAACCGCUCCACCAGUCGUGGGAUCUCCUUCGAAAUUCCUCUGGACGGAGACGCAGCCGUGCCACCGUGCGAAACUCCCUCACUCAGGGGUAUGACACGUUCAGCCAGCAGCGAUGGUCUCGGGUUCAGAGCUCAACAUGCAUCUCGAGGAGGCAUGAAGCGCCACCUAUCUCUAAUGCCGGUCAGUGUCAACGGCCAGAGCAGACACAUACCAGAGGAAGAGGAGGAUUUCAACUCCCGUAAACCCUUGAGUCGGACCAAUACUUUCUCAGUCAAGAACCAAAGAAGGUUCUCCAAUGGAGUCCUCCCAGACAGCAAUCACAGCUCUGACCAUCAUCAUACCAACAACAUCAGCCCUUCAACACCUCCUAGUAUUGAGGAAGCGCUGAAGAUCAUCCACGACACAGAGAGAACUCACGCUAGUCUUGGAGUUGGAGAAGAGGACAAUGGGUUCUUUCUUCACGGUGCUGAGCCUUCAUACCCUCCAGGAGACCGUGGUCAAAGAGACAACCCCGGUUGUGCUAAAGCUCGAGUCAACGACCAGGACCCUAACUCACUGUCCACAGAUGAACUGGACACUGGUAUUAAUGUGAGGACAGAGGACAUCCAGAGCUUGGACGAAGAUUCCUCCUCACUCAGAGACUAUUCAGAUAUUGACCCAGACUGUGAGACCAUGACCAGGUCAUGUCCCCUGCCUGAACAGACAGAGAGACUGAGAAAUGGGGAAGGAGCAAGACAACCGGUUGUUGACUCUACUCAUGAGAGCAAGAGGACAGAAGGUGAGGAACAAAGGAGACCAGGCUCCAGCUCAGCACCUGUUCUCCACAGAUCCCACACCAUAGGCUCUACAUCGCCCUCUGUUGGCUCUGGAGGAGGUAUGGUGCGGAUGACCAGCUUCGCAGAACAGAAAUUCAGAAAGUUGGAGGGAAGGAGUAGUGGAGGAACAACACCAGAGUGCCCAGACUUACCAUACGCACAACAGGAAAAUGCUUCUCCUCAGAUCUCUACACCUCCACUGCCGAUCACGUCACCUUCUCCAGUAACACCUUUGCCCAGAGACCCCUCUCACCUCCUGGCCUCAGAGAUGAUCCAACUGAGGAUGAAACUGGAGGAAAAACGCAGAGCCAUUGAAGCUCAGAAGAAGAAGGUGGAGGCAGCGUUCACUCGCCAUCGCCAGAAAAUGGGUAGAACAGCUUUUCUGAACGUUGUGAGGAGGAAAGGAGUGGUCGCUCCUCUCAGCUCUCCCUCAGGUGGAGCAGACAGACUUUCAUCAGACUCAUCCAGUCAGGCCAGCUUGGACCGGGCAGAGAGGUGCAAACCUGAUGGAGCAGCUCCCAAAUCUCCUGUUGAAGAUGUUGGAGGUGUAACUCCAGGAGAAGUCGACUUGGCUGAUUAUACUCGCUCCAUUGAGAGGCUGAAUACGUCACUGGGUUUCCUGCAGACGGAGAUGCAGCGUUUGGCUCAGCAGCAGGAGAGGAUCAUGGCUAUGAAGGAGCAGCAGCAUCAGGCCUGGGUCAUUCCACCUCCUGCUCCGUCUCCACACAGGCAGCUCCGUGAGUUGCGCAGCAGCAGCGUCGCAGGCCGAGGCUCGGUGGGGUCUUUGUCUCCCAACCUGUCCUCGUCUGGCUCUCCCUGCCCUGUCAAUCGAUCCCCUGCUGGCAUUAAGCGGCGGCCAGCCUCGUUUCACGCCAGGACACCUCGGAAUCCACGACCGAAUGAUCUGAAGGUGAUGCCCUUAAACCGUAUGAUUAACACGCCCACCUCUGUGGACAGCCUGCCCAGACUGAGGCGUUUCACCACCAGCCAAAGCCAGCUCAGCUCCUAUGAUUAUUUAGACCACGACAUUGGCUCCAAAGAAAGAAAAGACAGCAUCAGCAAAGAAAACACAAACGAGAAAGACGAGACAACAGCAAAGGAGAUCACUGGAACUCCUCGGCAUCCUGCUAAAGACACUGCCAAAGAUAAGAGAGGAGAAAAGCAGGAGGAGAGGAGAGAAGGUGACGAGGCUCAGUCGAAGACUGACGUCAAACAGGCAAGAAAUUCACUAGGGUUCAACAAAAAACCAGAACUACAUCAGCCGAUUUCUGAGGCCCAAGGAGUUUCAGGCAGACGGGUCAAAGGAGCGUCUCAGAACGGGAGAGACCUGGUAGAGAUCCCUUUGUCUGGGCUGAAACCCACAGAGGGAGAUGCUGAGGAGAAAAACCUUGAUGAAGAUCAGAAGAUGUGCUGUGGAUUCUUCUUCAAGGAUGAUGUGAAAGCCGAGGAGGAGAUGGCAGCAAAGAAAGCAGCGCUGUUAGAAAAGAGGCAAAGGAGGGAGAAGGAGGCGCAGGAAAAGAAGCAACAGCAGGAGCUGGACGCUGAGCAGAAAAAGGAAGCUGCACGUCUGAAAGAAGAGGAGGAGCAGCAGAAGAAAAAUGAGGAGAAAGACAGGAGAGAUUACAUUAAGAAUGAAUAUCUGAGGAGGAAGCAGCUUAAACUGAUGGACGACAUGGACGAAGUCAUCAAGCCUCGGUCCGGAAGUCUGAAGAAGAAGCCACGCCCCAAGUCAAUCCACCGGGACGUCGCAGAUUUAUCUACUCCCCGAGUAGGAACGGCAGGAGCUCGGCCAAGAGGCUUUUCAGUGUCAAGUGUUUCUUUGGCUUCUCUAAACCUGGCCGACAACAGCCGAGACCAGCCAGACAACAGAAAGAACAACAGAGGCAAUAAAAUAGUUUCUGCUCAAACCCCGUUCUUUCUAAGUUCUCCCAAAGAAAGAAAGGGAAGGCCAGAUUCUGCAGAGGGUUUUUCAUCCUGUCCUUCAGCUGGCAGUCGUAAUGGAGAAAAGGACUGGGAAAAUGACUCGACCUCAUCGUCCACUCCCUCCAACACCGAGUACACAGGACCCAAACUAUACAAAGAGCCCAGUGCAAAGUCUAACAAGCACAUCAUCCAGAACGCCCUGGCUCACUGCUGUCUGGCCGGCAAAGUCAACGAGGGCCAGAAAAACAAGAUACUUGAUGAAAUGGAGAAAUCAGAGGCCAACAUCUUCCUGGUGCUGUUCCGUGACGCUGGCUGCCAGUUCAGGUCUGUGUACACCUACUGCCCAGAGACUGAAGAGAUCACCAGGCUGGCCGGCAUCGGCCCUAAGAGCAUCACAUCAAAGAUGAUCGAGGGCCUCUACAAGUACAACUCAGACAGGAAGCAGUUCAGCUUGAUCCCUGCCAAAACCAUGUCCGCUAGCGUGGACGCUAUCACCAUCGGCAGCCAUCUGUGGCAGGCUAAAAAACAGGGGACGCCUAAAAAACUGAAUCCCAAGUAGUUCCAGAUGAUUCGCUUCUCUGGAAAAAAAAACGGAUUUGUGAAUUUGACUUUUAUUGAAGGAAACUGUGGCCCCUAAACUGGAAUGUAGAACACAAGUGAGCUUCUCAGACAAACAGAGCUGUGACUGUUACACUCUGGACUAACCUAAGAGUGUGUGUGUGUGUUUGUAUAUAUGUCAGCAUGUGUAUCAAUGUUCUUGUGUGCCAAAAAAAGAAGGACUUUUGGUGGAGCGAUGCCUUACCUGGUUGAACCACUGAAGCACUGAAUGAUUUUUUGGAUUCUGUGUGUCGAACAUGUGUGGCCUUAUGUUUGCUUUGUGUCACAUGGAAGUGUGUGUCUGUGGCAUUUUGUCAGCGCCUGUUGAAAAAUGAUGUUGUAGUACAGGACAAGUUGUGUGUGUGUGGGAACAAAUUACAUUUCCAGGGCCAUUUAAUCUGAUCUGUGAUCAGGUCAAAGCAGCAUUUUUUAUAUAAGUUUUGCUGCUGCACAGGCAUGUGUGUGUGUGUGUUCAAUUUCUUAGGGUUUUAUCUUUUUAUUUACACAUGACUGAAAAACACUCAUGGAUAUUUGUAUGUAUGUGUGUGUGUGUGUGUGUGUGUGCGUGAAUGAGAGAGAAAAGUAAAGUGCCAUGCAGAGUGAGGAAAAUACCUCAAGUGGUUUGAUUGCAGUAAAUUGCAGUAAAGUGUUAAAUGUUAUGAGAUUAUUGAGCAGAUGGAAACCCAUCCAACAACUCUGGAAACAUAGACAGUAUAUUAAAAAAGGACCAAAGUCUGUGGUUACAAAUGAUCAUCAAAGUGAGGCCCUGGGCGGAGUCCAGCAGAAGCUUCACUGGUUAUGAGAGUUAUUAUUACUAUGAAAGGAAGUCAAAUGUUAAUGCAGGUUUUCUUCAAUAGGUCAUCAUAGGUCAAUUCGUACAUCUGAUUCCAUUUAGAGGAAAACAGACCAUAGAGCACAACAGGAGAAUAAUUUGACAAUACUACUAUAUGACAAUAACUACUAUCUUCCCUCAUUCCCUUUUCCACCUGUGUACAUGGGUUUCUUCCAUGUAAUUUGGCUUCCUCUCUGAAUCCACCUAUUGUUUAGUCAAGUUGACUGUAGUGUUGUGACUUUUUUGAUAAAUUAGUACAGGGACUGGUAAACUUAUAU